AUGUGUGGUGCUCCAUGUGGGGUGGGCAGGGUGUUGAGUGGGAAUCAGCUGAGCGGCUCCAUCCCAUCCUCCAUCGCCUAUGCUAGUCACCUGCAACGCUUGUGGUUGGACAAUAAUCUAUUAAGUGGAUCUUUACCCGACACGUUCAAGGCUCUAUCGAAGCUUACCUCCUUGAGAGUCAACGCUACGAGCCUCAGUGGAACGCUGCCAAGCUCGCUUGGAAGCUUCACUUCGCUCGACUCACUCAACAGAAGCGGCAGCGGCCUCACAUGUCCUGCAGACCACACCAGCUGUGGUCCCUCCCAAUCGCUCAACUCAUCAUUCUGCCAGACGUGUGCCUCCUUCUGCCAAACCUGCGGCACGCCAGCCAGUGAGAAGAUGAUGAGGGCUGGGCAUGGGGUGGAGCUGGGCAUGGGAGCCAUCAUUGGCAUUGCUGUUGUUGCAGUCGUCAUUCUCCUCCUGCUUCUGGCUGCCGUUGUGCUCUUCGUCAGACGCAAGAGGCAGCAGGGACCAGCAGGCCUGGGGCCCAGUCUGGCAGCGCCGCGCUGCACGGAGUUCUCCCUGGACGAGGUUCAGCAAAUGGCCAACAAGAACCAUCCCAACAUCGUGCGCCUGCUUGGAUUCGCAGUGGGAGGGGACUUGAGAACACGACCAGAGCACAUCUUGAUCUACGAGUUUGUGCCCAACGGUGACCUUCACAAGUGGAUCGAUCCAGGUAUCUUUGGUGUGCUCAUGCUUGUGGUGCUCACUGGACGCCCUCUAUUCUCGGAGUCUGCUGGGGAGACCAAACACAUCCUCCUGAUUGCGUCUGAGUGCCUCGCCUCGGGUGACUCAGAGAGCCUCAGGGAUCCGCGCAUGGACACCUCUCCUAAGGAUGCGGUGCUGCGCGUGGCUGAGCUGGCAGUGAGCUGCACCGUGGAGCGCACUGCAAGCCGCCCAAGCAUGGCGCACAUUGCCACCCAGCUGCAGGCUGUCAGGGAGGAGGUGGCGGGGAAAGAGGAGCUGGGUGCAGCGACUAAGGUUGAUGCGCAAGUGCAGGAGAUGAAGAAUGCAGUUGCCAACGUGCUAAGCCUGGAUGCAGAGAUUGACCUCAUCGCUCAGCAGUUUUCUUGA